AUGACAAGUGUGAAGAAGAAGCAAUUUACGAUAGUGGUCAAAAUUGGCUCUUCAUCGUUGGUGGAUGCUACGACGAGAGAGCCAAGGAUCGCUAACAUGUCACAUAUAGUGGAAACAAUAACAAAAUUAAGAAGACAAGGUCAUAAAAUUAUCAUUGUAUCAUCAGGAGCAAUUGCAUUUGGAAUGAAAGUAAUGAAAUUAGAAAGAAAACCCACCAAAUUAUCUGCAAUACAAGCUUUGGCAUCAAUUGGUCAAGGGCGAUUAAUAGGAUUAUUUAAUGAUUUAUUUAGACAAAUGGAUCAAACUAUUGCACAAGUAUUAAUUACCCGAAAUGACAUCAUCGAUUACACUCAAUAUAAAAAUGCAAAAAAUACAAUAAAUGAACUACUAGAUAUGGGUAUAAUUCCAAUUGUGAACGAAAAUGAUACAUUAUCAGUGUCAGAGAUUAAAUUUGGAGAUAAUGAUACAUUAUCUGCAAUAACUGCUGGUAUGAUACACGCGGAUUAUUUGUUUUUGAUGACAGAUGUCGAAUGUUUAUAUACAGAUAAUCCAAGAACGGAUCCAAAUGCAAAACCAAUCUUGGUGGUGGACAAAAUAGAUGAAUUAAAUGUAAAUACAAAUGAUGAUGGAGGAGCUGGUACAAAUGUAGGAACUGGAGGAAUGACAACGAAAUUAAUUGCAGCUGGUUUAGCAACAAACGUUGGAGUUACUACGAUUAUUACUUUAUCAAGUCAACCUCAUUACAUAUUGGAUAUUGUCAGUCAUAUACAAUCUCAAGAUAAAGAUGUGGUAUCGAUAGAAGAACAAAUAAAUAUACUUCAAAAAGACAUUUUGGAUAAAAAAAUUCCAUUACAUACUAGGUUUUUAAGUCUACCGCAAGAUACUCAGAUUCGGUCUGAUAAAAGAUUUUGGAUAUUACAUGGUUUGAAGACUAGAGGAACAUUAAUUAUAGAUAAGGGAUGCUUUAAAGCAUUAACUAGAAGAGAUAGAGCUGGUCUCUUACCUGCUGGUAUAGUUGAUGUCAUUGGAACAUUCCAUGAAAACGAAUGUGUUUCUAUAAAAGUUAAAGAUGAUGACAUUGAGAACCCCAAUGAUUUAAUUGAGGUUGGUCAAUGUAGAGUUAAUUAUACUGCGAAUGAAAUCAGAUUAAUCAAAGGACACAAAAGUCAAGAAAUUGAAUCAAUCUUGGGAUAUGCAGAUAGUGAAUAUAUUGCUCAUAGAGACAACCUUGCUUUCCCUCCACCACCAUCAUCUUCUUAA